ACCGUGUCGGGGUUACAGCUUGUCGAGUCCGUUUUUAUGUUGUUGUCAGCCUUUACUACUGGCAAUAAAGGCUAUAAAAGGCUGUACUCGUCUUCCCUACUGGACAAGAUUGGGAAUUCUAAUCGUAAAAUCAAAUUGGAAAUAAUUCUUCUGAAGUCAUAUUAGUGUUAUAGGUGUUGACUUAUUCUUUCUUAAUACAAUGGCCGUGUGAUUCUUGAUUUAUCAUAGGAGAAAGAAGCCAAGGUGCUCGGGUAUCCAAAUUACCGGAGAGGGAAUACUUGUGUAGCAGCAUGCAAUGGCCAGAGCUGUAGAUCGAUAGAACACACUCGCUGGCUUUUUCACCGACUGUCGCACACUCGCUUGAUGAGGACUUGUUUUUACCAUAAGGGCAGGACGUGGUAGUGAUUCCUACACAGAAACAAGACCCUGGAUCAUUCCCUCAAGUAAAUGUGUGAUUCUUAUGCUGAAACAGGACCACUGGAUCAUUAAAAGUCCUUCAAUCGAAUGUCAAGAGAAUUUAUUUUUCUAGGGUGAUGAUAGAAGUUUAUUACGUGUGUAAUUGCGAUGCGGUUUUGGCUGACUUCUUGUGUCCGAAACCUCUAUAAGUGGGCAAGGCACAAUGGAGUCUGGAUACUGUUUUUGUCGAUAUUCUUCCUGGCAGCGUUUGCAACUUUCGGGACUACUAUUGUUCAACAGCACAGCUAUUAUCGCAGACCUAUCGGAGGAAUUCUGCCGCAACUAUUUCCAGAUGAAGAGGUGAUACAGUUCCGGUUUUACUCUUACGACAAAGAAUAUAGAUACCCCCCAGUGAAGGUGGAUGUCCGUGAAAAAAUUAGAAAUGGAAUCGUUGAUUUGCCAGUAGUAAAUAAGCAUCCCUUUAAAUUCAUUCUCAACCCAGAUCAUAUAUGUAAGGACAGCAAGCAAAACAACCUUAUAAUCAUUGUAAAAUCCGCUGUCGGCCAUUUUGCUUUAAGAAAGGUCCUACGAAACACGUGGAUCCUGAAGGCAAAGGAAAAACACAUACCUGUUGUUUUUGCUCUUGGAUAUAAUAAAGAUUUACAGCCAUUGGUUCUAGAAGAAAAUUAUCAACAUAACGACAUUGUACAAGAAAACUUCAUAGACAACUACCUAAAUAAUACUUAUAAAACAAUCAUGGCCUUUAACUGGGUUGUUCAACAUUGCAGCCAUUUCAAGUAUGUGUAUUUUGAUGAUGAUGACAUGUUUUUACAUAUAGACAAUUUGUUAAAAUACGCCAAAAUUCUUGAAUUGGAAGAGCCCAAGUUUUUCUCGGGAUCUUUGUCGGAUAGAGGAAAGCCUGUGCGAGAUCCCGACUCUAAAUGGUACAUAUCGUGGGAGGAGUAUCCUUUUGAUUACUGGCCGCCAUACGUCGGGGGGAGCUCAAUGAUCGCUCACAUGGAUAUCAUACAAGCCAUGCAGAAAACCUUCCCCUAUAUACGUGCUCUAAGUUUUGAUGACGUUUAUUUGGGCAUUGUUUUAAACAAACUCGCAAUAUCACCUCAUAAUAAUACUCACUUUGACAAUACUUAUUUAAGGAACUUUGAAAGGUUACCUGAAUUGAUUGCCAAUCAUGGCUUUGAUGAUCCAGUUUUAUACACGAAGACAUUCCAAAUGAUUUUUCCAGAUGAAAACCAAAAUAUUAUAAACUAAAAUUAAGAUCACUCAUGAUUUCCAGAAAUCAAGGUGACUCAUAUGAAAAUGAAUCUAUCUCGCAAAAUAUGGUUUUUGAUUCUUUUUCAGCGUCGCAUUAACUAAUUAUAGAAAAUUAUAUGUGACAUAAAAGAAGAUACGACAGUGACCACUGGGAUUGGCGUUCCUUAAAUUCUUACUAAAACAUGGUUGAUGUUUACGAAAAAGAUUUCUUUUGUGAAUAUUGAGCUCAAAACAAGUUCUCGAUUCUAUUAAUCAUUCUGAGGUAAUGAAAUUAUCCUUUUCAUGUUGAUGAGAAUCAUCAUAAAUCCACAUGAUAAGAACUGUUUGUGAACAAAGAAGGAACAUUAAUGAACGGCGAUGGAUUCAAGGAAAAUUGAUCCACAUGACCUGAACAUUACAAAAAGGUUUACAUUUCAUGUGUUCAUAAUUAUCACAAUGCCAGUACAUCAAUGUAUGUGUUUUGUUGAUGCUAAGAUAUUAUAAACCAAUGUGCAUAAUAACGGCAAUUGCCAUAAUAGACAUUAUGUUAUUAUUGUAAGAUAAGCACUGAAGUUUUCAGAAAUCUGCGAUGGGUCAAUCAGUUGAGCCACUUGACCAGUUUUUUUGAAAAUGGAAGUUGUAGUGUAGUACCACAGGCAUUCCACAUCUUGUUUUUUCCUAGCCCGAACUUCGCCCACUUUAUCUAGAACAUAUCACUUCAUGUAUUAAUUUAGGGCUAUUUCGGGUUAAGAAAAAAUAUGAUGUCAAUGCUUAUGAUAUACAAGUAUCUAUUCAUGCAGGUGACUAGUUUUGAGAUUCUUAAGAUUGUUUUGCAUAUGUAAUAGUGCUUUUGAUUUGUAUUGAGAUUUUAGGUGAGAUCCGAAACUAUGCAAUUCAUUGGAUGUCUCAUUACACGACAUUCCGUCCACAGUACGUCAUGUUUUAAUAUUUAUUGUUUGCAUAUUAAUUUGAUGUGUGAUAUUUUGUAUGUCUUUGUUAAGAACUGUAGCCAACUGUAAAGUAAAACUUAAAGUAAUCAAUUGUAUUGUCACAGAUUGAAUUGUUUCAGCGUGUAUCACCUGUGUCCAAUUAAGCCAUAUCCCCUUUUAAAUUAUUUUUUGUGCAUGUUUAUUCCAACUUUGAAUGCAGGCGACAUGUAUCUUGAAAUCAGAUGUCACCUACGAAUGAGUUCACGUGCAGAAAUACAAAAAUGUAGAACAAUAAUUAUUUUGCUUAAAUUUUUUUUUCUCAAAAUCGAUCAGUAAAGUGGAAACAGAGUG